AGAGAGUGGCUGCCUGACUGCCUCCUGUUCCUGUCCACCUCGGGUCCUUCCCUCCCCACUCACUCGACCCUUGCCACCAUCCCAUCCUCCUCCUCCUCCUCCUGUCGAUUCCUCCGAAAUCGAAAUCUCAUCCUCCGGCGGUCCGACCCCAGCAAGGCGGCGACUUAAGGUGCCUUGCCGCAGGAAUCUUCGAUCCCAGCCCAGAUUUUGCAGGAUGGAAGGGGAGGCAGAAAUCGUGGUUGGUUCUUGUUCUAAGCCAUGUGGGCCCUUGGAGGAAUACCACAUUCCAGAUUACAUUCUGAAGCCUGAUGCCCAACAAGUGAUUGUCGAUCAUGCUCCCCGCUGUCCUGUAGUAGUGUUCAUCAACUCAAGGUCCGGCGGCCAACUUGGAAGUAGUUUGAUCAAAACAUACCGUGAACUUCUCAAUGAAGCACAGGUUUUUGACCUCUCAGAAGAGGCUCCAGAUAAGGUCUUGCACCGAUUGUAUGUCAACCUUGAAAGGCUCAAGAUGGAAGGAGACAUUCUUGCUGUUCAAAUUUGGAGGACGCUGAGGCUAAUUGUUGCAGGCGGUGAUGGUACAGCUAGCUGGCUACUUGGGGUGGUCAGUGACCUUAAGCUUGCCCACCCACCUCCAGUCGCGACUGUGCCUCUGGGAACCGGAAAUAACCUUCCCUUUUCAUUUGGAUGGGGAAAGAAGAAUCCUUCUACAGAUCAAGAGGCUGUAAAAUCGUUCCUUGGGCUAGUUAAGCAUGCAAAAGAAAUUAAGAUUGAUAGUUGGCACAUCAUUUUGAGAAUGCGAGUUCCAAAAGAAGGUCCAUGUGAUCCUAUUGCUCCAUUAGAGUUGCCUCAUUCAUUGCAUGCAUUUCACCGUGUGUCAAGUGGCGACUCCCUCAAUAUGGAAGGUUACCACACAUUCCGUGGAGGAUUUUGGAAUUAUUUUAGUAUGGGGAUGGAUGCGGAAGUGUCUUACGCAUUUCACUCUGAAAGGAAGAGGAAUCCAGAGAAGUUCAAGAACCAGCUGACGAAUCAGGGUACAUAUGCUAAGCUUGGACUUAAACAAGGAUGGUUUUGUGCUUCUCUAAGUCAGUCAUCAUCAAGGAACCUUGCUCAACUUGCAAAGGUAAAGGUCAUGAAAAGACCUGGUAGCCACUGGGAGGAACUCCAGAUUCAUCACAGUAUUCGGUCAAUUGUCUGUCUGAACCUUCCUAGUUUUUCUGGAGGACUGAAUCCUUGGGGCAUGCCUGGCACAAGGAGAGCAGCAGAUAGGGAGUUCACUGCACCUUUUGUCGACGAUGGACUUAUUGAAGUUGUCGGCUUCCGUGAUGCCUGGCAUGGGCUGGUCCUGUUGGCCCCUAAUGGACAUGGUACUCGCAUUGCGCAGGCUCAUAGAAUCCGUUUCGAGUUCCACAAAGGCGUGGCAGACCACACGUUCAUGAGGGUCGACGGAGAGCCAUGGAAGCAGCCCCUCCCGACGGACGAUGACACGGUCGUCGUGGAGAUCUCCCACCUCGGUCAGGUCAGCAUGCUGGCGAACGAGCCCUGCAGGUCCAAGAGCGUCAGCGACCCGUCAUCAUUGCCAUUGCCAGCCCAGGACAGCCAUGGUGAUGGCAAGGAUCCCGCGGAGGAGGAAGACGAGUGGGAGGAUGGUAGGAGGAAGUUUGGGGCCGCCGACACGUUCAGGCUUCCUGACGAGAUCGACAUUGCUCAUCUUAGCUGAGCUUGGCUUCUGCAUUGCUCUGGGCAUUCUGAUCGUACCAAUAUGGUUUGUAACCAUUCUUUUCUUUUGAAUUGAUUUGCUAUAUGAUUGCCGCAGCCCUGUAUAAAGUGAAUUGUAGGUAACCAAGUGCGGGGUUGCUAUGAGUAACCGAUGUAUAGAUUCAGUGUAAUUUGCAGAAACACACGAACAUUUUCAUUUUUUUUCCUUUUAAGAAUACAACAUUUGUUUUUUUGUUAAGAGUUGAAGUGGCCCAAAUGUUUAAUGGAUUGAAUACAGUUACUACCA